GUGAGAGCGGCGCGGCGCUGGGUGCUGGUGGGCUUCGCAGAGACCCGGAGCGGACGCGGCCGGCCCUGGGUUGGAGACUCGUCGCCUGCAGCCAUGACCCUCGCAGUCUGUCUCUUGGCCUCGGCCCCGGGAGUCUAAUAUCCCACACAGUUGCGCGCAGCUGCUGGAGAGCCAACCGCUGCACUCUCGUCGCCCUUGGCGCCUUAUCACACUCCCUGUCCCGGAGCUGGGAACAGUGCGGGCAGCCGGCGACCCCCGUGCAAACUGGGGGUGUCUGCUGGAGCAGCCCCCGCCGCCGCUGCCACUGCCCCCGGCUCUGGCCAUGGCCUGGCGGGGCGCAGGGCCGAGCGUCCUGGGGGCGCCCGGGGGCGUCGGUCUCAGUCUGCGGUUGCUGCUGGUGCUGCUGCUCUUGGGGCCGGCUUGGGGCUUCGGGGACGAGGAGGAGCGGCGCUGCGACCCCAUCCGCAUCACCAUGUGCCAGAACUUGGGCUACAACGUGACGAAGAUGCCCAACCUUGUGGGGCAUGAGCUGCAGACCGACGCCGAGCUGCAGCUGACAACUUUCACGCCGCUCAUCCAGUACGGCUGCUCCAGCCAGCUGCAGUUCUUCCUUUGUUCCGUGUAUGUGCCAAUGUGCACAGAGAAGAUCAACAUUCCCAUCGGCCCAUGCGGCGGCAUGUGUCUUUCUGUCAAAAGACGCUGUGAACCUGUCCUGAAGGAAUUUGGAUUUGCCUGGCCGGAGAGCCUGAACUGCAGCAAAUUCCCACCGCAGAAUGACCACAACCACAUGUGUAUGGAAGGGCCAGGUGAUGAGGAGGUGCCAUUACCUCACAAAACCCCCAUCCAGCCUGGGGAAGAGUGCCAUUCCGUGGGGACCAAUUCCGAUCAGUACAUCUGGGUGAAAAGGAGCCUGAACUGCGUUCUCAAGUGUGGCUACGAUGCUGGCUUAUACAGCCGCUCCGCCAAGGAGUUCACUGAUAUCUGGAUGGCCGUGUGGGCCAGCCUGUGCUUCAUCUCCACCGCCUUCACAGUGCUGACCUUCCUGAUCGAUUCCUCCAGGUUUUCCUACCCCGAGCGCCCCAUCAUAUUUCUCAGUAUGUGCUAUAAUAUUUAUAGCAUUGCUUAUAUUGUCAGGCUGACUGUAGGCCGGGAAAGGAUAUCCUGCGAUUUUGAAGAGGCAGCAGAACCUGUUCUCAUCCAAGAAGGCCUUAAGAACACAGGAUGUGCAAUCAUUUUCUUGCUGAUGUACUUUUUUGGAAUGGCCAGUUCCAUCUGGUGGGUUAUUCUGACACUCACUUGGUUUUUGGCAGCUGGACUCAAAUGGGGUCAUGAAGCCAUUGAAAUGCACAGCUCUUACUUCCACAUUGCAGCCUGGGCCAUCCCUGCCGUGAAAACUAUUGUCAUCUUGAUUAUGAGACUGGUGGAUGCAGACGAACUCACUGGCCUGUGCUACGUUGGGAACCAAAACCUUGAUGCCCUCACGGGCUUUGUGGUGGCUCCCCUGUUCACUUACCUGGUGAUCGGAACUUUGUUCAUCGCUGCAGGUUUGGUGGCCUUGUUCAAAAUUCGGUCAAAUCUUCAAAAGGAUGGGACAAAGACAGACAAGUUGGAAAGGCUGAUGGUCAAGAUUGGGGUCUUCUCAGUCCUAUACACAGUUCCUGCAACCUGUGUGAUUGCCUGUUAUUUCUAUGAAAUCUCCAACUGGGCACUUUUCCGAUACUCUGCAGAUGACUCCAAUAUGGCAGUUGAAAUGCUGAAAAUUUUUAUGUCUUUGCUGGUGGGCAUCACUUCAGGCAUGUGGAUUUGGUCUGCCAAAACUCUUCACACAUGGCAGAAGUGUUCCAACAGAUUGGUGAAUUCUGGGAAGGUAAAGAGAGAAAAAAGAGGGAAUGGUUGGGUAAAGCCUGGGAAAGGCAACGAAACUGUGGUAUAAAGCUAGCCAGCCUCCACGCUUCCCAGAUUUUGAAGGGGGAAAUGCCAGCAUUUCGGUGCAAAUGCUACUAAAAGUUUCAUGCAAUGAAUCUCAGUUUGGACAGAUUAGCCACCCUAAAGCGACCCCCAGAGUCCCCCACCUUUCCCCUCCCCCCAGCAUUAUAAAAUUAAUGAUUUUGCUGCAGACUUUGGAAUAAUCCAAAAUGGAAAAGCCAGUUAGAGGCUUUCAAAGCUGUGAAAAAUCAUAACAUUGAUCACUUUAGCAGGUCGCACCUUGGAGCAUGGAGGUCCUGCUUGGAUUCCAGGAGGUCCAAGGCGAUGCUGCUUUUCCCUGAGGGCUGGGAUUUGAGCUGUGAGGAGGUAACUUGCAGGGAGAAAGAUUAACUUCUUUUAACUCUUUAAAUUUUAAAAUACUAACUGGGUCUUUCAGAUAGCAAAGCAAUCUAUAAACACUGGAAAUGCUGGGUUCAGAGACGUGUUACAAGAGUUUUAUAGUUUGGCUGAUCUAACAUAAACAUUUUCUGUGGUGCAUUGUCUGCUGUUUAGAACUUGUGGGUUGCUCUCCCAAGAGGUGGUGUCAGAAUCUUUCAGUGCCUUUGUCAUAAAACAGAAUUGUUUGAACAAACAAAAGUACUGUACAAACACACAUGAGGUAUCCAGUGGAUUUUUCUUCUCUCUCUUCCUCUUAAAUUUCAGCAUGUCUGUUUGAGGCGGCUGCUGUUUUUUUCAUUUUACAUUAAUAACUCAAAAUAGGUAUUUUUAUUGGAAUUUUUUUACUGCAGCAUGCCUAAUGAGGGGGAAAGGAAAGGUGAUUCACUUUCUGACAAUCACUUAAUUCAGAGGAAAAUGAGAUUUACCAAGUCGACUUACCUUACCGACCCCAGAGACCUAUUGCAUUGAGCAAUGGGGACUUAAUAUAUUUUACUUUGUGUGAUUGCAUCUAUGCAGACGCCAGUCUGGAAGAGCUAAAAUGUUAAGUUUCUUGGCAACUUUGCAUUUACACAGAUUAACUGUGUAAUUUGUGUGUGUCAAUUACAAUUAAAAGCACAUUCUUGGACCAUGACAUAAUAGUAUACUCAACUGACUUUCAAACUGUGGUCAACUUGCAUUCUCAGAAUGAUAGUGCCCUUUUUUUCUUUUAGCAUGAGAAUGUUAUCAGAAGAGUCUGGUCUACCUACCACAAUGGAGACUUUUUCAACUUUGUAGAGGGAACUAAGGACAGCUAAUCCAACGACUUGGUGCAUAAUUGUUUCCCAGUAAUUGGCAAAGGCUCCUUAUAAGAUUUCAUUGGAGGCAGUGUGGCCUGGAGUCUUUAUAUGGUGCUUAAUGAAUCUCCAGAAUGCCAGCUAGGAGCUGAUUGGUUUGUAGGGAAUAAAGUGUAGGCCAUAUGAAAUGAACUGCAAACUCUAACAGCACAGGUCUUAAUUGCCUUUUUGCGGAGGUAUCCAGAGCUUUUAAAAUUUAUGCUUUAUGUUCCUUACAAGGGGGUACCCCCUAGCAGCCUCUCAAAAGUUGUAGUUCUUUUAAAAAUGUAACUGGCCUUUCUCUUAACCUGCCUUAGGCCUUCUAAUCACCAGAUCUCUGGGACAAAUUGUUGAAACUCUCGCAGGUGGCUCUCCUUGUAACUCUUACCUGUCUUUGCUUCAGCAACUACUUUGCAGUGACUCGUUUGUUUAUUUAUUCAUGCCCCACUUCUUAAAACACAGGUAGGAAAGCUCCUUUAGCACACUUUUUAGUGGAAAGACAUCUCUAGGGACUCCAAAUUCCAAAUAGGUCAAAUUCUGGAAAUGAGCAUGACUUUUUGUUUGUUUGAGCUUUAUGCCCGUAGUUUGACAUUUUCCUUUCUUCUUCCCUCUGUGGUUCUUGAGCUGUCCGAGAUGAAAACACAUGUAAAGUCUGUUGCAGGUUCUGGAAGGGAAAGUCUUGGGGCAUUGGAGACAGUGGCUAAGUGGGCACAGGAGAGCCCCUGCUGUGUGUGCCAGGCCUGAGUACCUUGGCUGGCCUCUGGGGUCAGGGUUUCAGGAGCAUGAGAAAGGAUCCUCAGAAGGACCAGUUGAACUCCAUCUGAGACUACAUUGCCUAUGAAAUGUACAAUGUGAACUCCCCGUGCUGCUUGCAGACAGUUCCCAUAGCUGGCCAGGGCCCUGGAGUGUGCACCCCGGGGCAGAGCCUGCCCUUACUCACGCUCUGCUCUAGUGUCUGGGGAGUUGUGCAGAACCUCCGGCCCAGGCAAGAGAAGGACUGGGUGCAGCCGGGCACUGGCCUUGCUGUUAGUGUGCUGGGGUGUGUAAUGCCAUUUUCUGUGUAAUGUUUUGCUGACUGUGUGAGCAAGGCAGCACCUAGCAGAGAGCCACACACAGGGUAGGUGCUCAAUUUUUGUGAAUGAUGAAAUAAUAAUACUAACAAUAAGAGUACUUGAGGGAACCUGGACACUGAGUUUUGGAGCUAGUGCUCUAGCAACCUUUUGUCUCUCCAACAAAUCUCUUGCCUUCUCAAGAGGAAGUGUAUGUGAUCAGAAGUGGCGGUGGUGCCGGCCGGAUUAGUGGCUUUAGCAGUGUCACAGGGUUAUAGGCCUUUCCUUAACAUUCCAGGCAAUGGAGGGUGUUUAUGGUUUCAGGAAAGGAGCCCGUGGCCGAGGAGUCAGUUACAUAUUACCCUGAAGUGACUCUGUCACCUCAGGUUGUUUUUUUCAAAUGGUCAAUUAUCAGCACAUUGCUUGAGAGUCAGCUGUGUGCAGGCCCCGUGGCGGGCACUCUAGGGAAUGCCACGGAAAAUCAGCCCUGUCCUCACUGACCUAGGCUGGGAGCUCAUGGAUCUGCUAAGCUUUGCAGUUGGUUUGGGGAAGGUGUGGGUGUCUCUGAAUUGCCAUCUCUUUCACUGUCUCCACCCCCGAACCCUCGUCCUGGGUCUCCUUAGCUUUAAUGCAUCUCUGGUCUCUUCCCAGAAUUCCCUGCAAAUCCGCGAUGGGGGCUGAUGGAAAGUAUCAGUUCUGUUUCAUGAAGGUCUUUGUGGAAAUCCCCGAGGAAGGCUGUGAAAAUGGGCUCGAAGGACAUGAGCUUCCACAUCUAAUGUGGCUUUAGGGGCAGGCAGUUCAGGGCUUGAAGUGUUCCCUGUGACUUGCAUGGGUAAAUUUGUGGACAGUGUCUUGCAGGAAAAAGGUUAGGGUAGUUGAUUUUUUCUCUGCAGUCUAGAAUAAGUAGGUAUGCUUGUCGCUUCUUACACACCCCUUGGCCCCCAGAGACUGGAUUCAGCAGAGCCCAAGGGUGCCUCUGUCCAGCCUCCUCACAGGCAAACUGCUUUCUCCUCCUUUAUUAAGGCCACAUCUCAGGGCAGAGGAGAUGGGGUAGGCUGGAACUGGCCAGAACCACCUGGUUGAGCUACUGGGUUGAUUCAUAUCCUUUUCCCCUGUGGAGACCUGUUUCCUGAUAUCUGAGGCUGCUUCUGAGCUGGCAGCCUGCUCAGGGCCUGAAACCUGAGAAGCGGUGACUUCUUCCCUGAGACGCUCUCUGACUUUCCUUUCCCGGGUCACUCCCACGUCGGCACCCCAAACCCAGAAUGCGGGGCAACUCUGUAUCCAGUUCUGAACUGGGACUUUACCAGCACCCGCAGCUCUGUCCUCUCUGGCACCCCUCGGCGUCCUGGCCACCGAAUUCAGUGCUCACUGUGUUCGGAGCCAAGCUGGGACCUGAGGAUGCAAUGAGGAACUCAGCCUGGAGGGCACACUCCACCCAAAGGGCUGUCACCAGGAUGGUGCAAUCUUUGAAUUCUGAGGAGGCCACCUCCACCUCGACAGCAGUUAGGGAAGAGAGCCACAGAGCGCAGACUUUCGAAACCCUCCCGCUCCCCCUCCCACAUCCUGAAUUUUAUUCUGUGUUGGAGGAGAUUGAAGAGAGUUGCUGUUUCAGCCAAUUAUGUUGAGUCACUGGACUCUGACAGUUCUUUUUGCUCCUGUAUUGUAUUUGGGUUCCGAGUCCCUGGCUGGGUUUGUAUCAAGUCUGGCAAAGGACCCAAGUUAUCAGUUUUCCUCUGGGCCUAGAUCAUAGAUCUUGAAAACUCCUAGGAGAGCAUUUUGCUCCUAUCUGGGAUCAGAUACCAGAGGCUUAAAUAAUAUAUUUUGCAUCACUGUGGCCUGGUCAGAGCUUUCUGCUGCUGCUUCUUGCCACGCACAUGUGCAGUAAAGGCACACUGGACAUCACCAGGAGGGAGGUGAGCCCUGGAUUCCCCCCAGCAGGCCUUUUCCUCUUGGCAAGCCCAGUUGCCCUAUAGCAGCUUGUUUUUGUUUUGGAAUUUACCUGUGUCUCUUCCUCUCUGCACCAGCAAAUUCUCAGUAUUCACCCAGGCAAUUUGGAGUGGGCCUGUUUGGGGUCCUGUGUGAGCCUCGUCCUUCAAGCUUUGGUAGCUCUCUGACCCCCUGUGAUAUUCAGUACAUGACUACUGUCAUCCCAGAAGGCUUCAAGAAGAGGGGCAAGAGCAGCUGUGCCCCGAGACGGCUGGGUCCAUCUUCUCUCCCAGGUGUGCGUCUUCCACACCCGCUGAUGGGCUCGGGCCCUGACAUGGCCAUGGGCUUUGGGAGGGGCAAGCUGCUUUCUAGGUCUCUCACCAUGGGGCAUCUUGGUGGUUCUGAAUUUUAUUCUACCUCACAGAGCUGUAAGACGUUUAAAGGUCUGAGGAUGAAGGCUCCUUGAGCUCUUUGCAGGAAGGGAAGAAUAAGUACCAGCCGAGAUCUGUGAAAAGAUGCAAUGCGACUUGACCUGCUCAUGCAGCAGUCAAGCUAGUGCUCUGUGGCCUUUUCCCCAGAGCCCUGCGCCGCCCUGCAGCUCCAGCCACCUUGAGGCCAACCUGGGGACUUGCAGAUGUUUGACAUAGAGGUACCAGGCAAACCCCGGCAGCAC